AUGGCUCCCAAAAAGGCAAACAAAGGAGGCAAAGAGCCAGAGGUCAAGAAGAAGAAAGGGGGCAAGAAGGAUCCCACCACAUUCGCCAAGACUGGGGAUGUAUUGGCUGAAGAGAUGCGAGAGUUCUACCACAACCAGAUCAGAGACCUGGAGGACAGGCUGGCCCGGUACCAGAGGAGGUGGGAUGAGCUGGCUGUGCAGGAGAGGCUGUUCCGCCAGAAGUUUGAGCAACUGGCCAACAACAAGAAGGAGAUUGUGGCCUUCCUCAAGCGCACACUCAACCAGAGGGUGGAUGAGAUCACGGACCUGAACGAGCAGCUGCAGAGUCUGCAGCUGGCCAAGGAGAUGGAAAAGGAUGCCUUCGAGGCCCAGCUAGCUCAGGUGCGCCAUGAAUUCCAGGAGACCAAAGACCAGCUCACCUCGGAGAACAUCAUUCUUGUGGGGCAGCUGGCAGCCCUGGAGGAGUUCCGGCAGCAGAAGGAGGAACUCAUGGAAAAGUUCGAACAGUUGGAAGACCAGCUGCAAAAGCAGGAGAAUGAAUACAAGAACUAUGUGUACAACCUGGAGAAGAAGUCGGUGCUGGACAAGGACAGACUGAAAAAAGAGAUCAUCCAGCGCGUGAACCUUGUGGCCACCGAGUUCCGCAAGGUGGCUGCCAACCAGAUGUGGGAAACAACCAAGCGGGCCAUCCUGGAGAACAGCAGUGUGACCCUGAAACUGGCCCAGGUGGCCCAGCAAGGUGUGCAGUUGCUGAAGGAAAACAAGCAGCUCAGAGGCAACCAGGGCCAGCUAUGCCAACAGCUGGAGCUGCUGGAGAACACCCAGAAGGUCAUGGCAAGGAACAACAGAGGCCACCAGAAGAUCAUCCUCAUGCUGACUGAGAAGUGCUGCGAGCAGCAACAGGGCGCUGCAGAGGCCCAGCAGCUGCGCCUCCUUCUGAGCCACCUGGAGCAGGGUUUCCUGAAGCUGCAGAUGGACAAUCAGGAGCUGAGGAGCAAGACAAACAAGUUGGCUCAGGAGCUCGAGCAGCAGCAGGUUGAGGUACAGCGACUACAGCAGUUGCUGAUGGAGGAGCAGAAGGUCCGGGCCAGCCUGGAGAUGGCCCUAACCCAGGCCACCACCUUCCUACAGGACAUUCUGCAGAUGCAAGCGGAGGAAGAAGAUGGUGACUUCAAUGUGAUGUUCCAGCUGCAACACAAGGAGCUGCUACAACAAUUGCUGGCCCUGCUCAGCUCUUCCAUUGUCCAGAGAUCCCACUGGGACAGCCGGCCCUGUGGCUUGUCCAAGGAGAGCCGGCCCAUCAUCCAGCCACCGAAAGUGGAGGGUGUGCUGCAGCAGCUCUCUGGCAUCAUAACCUACCAGCCAGGGGAUCUAGGCCUGGUGCCUCGCCGGGCCCAUAUCCCACCCAACCCUCAGGACCUCAGGCUGCUUUCAUAUGUUACUCGCAUGGGGAACUUCCAAGCAAAGAAUACUUCUGAGAUUCACCCUUCUGCCUCUCUAAGAAGACUCAAAAAGUUUAGUUUUCCCAGCACUUUCCUGAAUCCCAAGUAGCACAUGGAGAGAAGCGAACUUCCUACCCCAGAAACAGACUGUUUCGUCCACAGUCUCCCUCUGCAAGGGACCUGGGGGUAGUCCAGAAAACAGU